AUGGUGGUCCGCAGAGCAGUUUUUAUUCAAUCAUUGAUUGUGGUGGUCUACGUUCUUUUUAGCAAGCAAGCCGGUAACGUUGUGGUUUUAUACUGAUAAUAUUCUUUUACACAUGGCUUGCAUUCCUUUAAGUUUCAAAAACGUCCAUUAAUGAAAUCAACAAAACCAGACAAUAAUAAUUUAGCCUUUCAUAAGAUGAUUUCUCCCGUGAAAAAAAUCCGGAUCCAGGAUGGCGCACAAUAGACCAUCUGCUGUUGUCAACUUUGUACUUUUAUUCUUUUCAGUACUAAAUGUGAGACUGAAGUUGACCGUUCCGUUUGAUAAAAGCUUCGUUAGUUAACUUUUUUUGUGGAAAUAAUGGUGAAAAAUGUUUGUUAGCAACAAUUUAAAAAAAUGAUCACAUAAUAAAGUAAAAAGGGUUGUAUCAAAACAAGGUAUAACUCCGGUCUCGAAUCCUAAAAACGUAAAAUGGGCAAUUUCGUCGCGUAUUAAGCACUAAUAGCCUAAACUUUCCCACACGUUCUACAAAAUCAUCAACGCUUUAAGUGUUUUUAGCUAUCUUACACUAAUCUAUAGAGUUAGUUGGGGGGAAGAUGAAAAAAUCCAUCUUCCUAUGUAAAAAGUUCGGUAUGAGAAGGAUGAAAGUUUGUUAGUGACAGUAACAUUUUUUAAUUAAUUACAAGUCCGUGGCAAAUCGUAAUUCUAGUCCGUCUCCAUACCUUAAACUAUUUCCGUACAUAAGAUUUCCUUUAAUCUUAUUUUUCUUUUCAGUUUGCACUUGGGACUUCUGUAAUUAUCCACCUAAUAAUCCAUGUGAACAGAAAGUACCAUUUGGCAAAGACUCCUGCAAGACAACAAGACUUUGCAUGCAGAAUACAUGCUGGGGCGGCUGUACAAAGCCCAAAAAAAAAUUCGACCAGGCAUGCAAAAAUGAGAAGGAGGAAGCUGGAAUACAAGGCUGGGAAAACUACAAAUGCUGUGCGUGCAAUACCGACAUUAUAACUACGAUGUAA